CUAAGGAUGUUUCGCGCCGUAGCUUUGUCUUCUUGUAGACUUAUCCCAACUGCAUUUCGCGCAUCCGCCAAUGGCCGCCGUUUCUCAACCGCCGCCGCUAAUAGCAUGCUGGCCAAAGCCUUGGAUUCCAAAAUCAAACACAUUACUCAAUCGAGGCCAGUGGCUCCAGCCGGAUUCCCUUUCGAAAUAGACCACCCUCUCGGCGGCGACAUCACCAUGACGAGGGAGCUAGACGGAGAGGAAAUUGAAAUCGAGGUCAAGGUGGUUGACGACGAGGACGAGGAGAGUAACGACGAGGAUGAGGAGAGUAAUUCUAAUCCCUCAGUAGAUCUGGAAAUUGAUAUCUACAAAGAUGAUUAUGGAAAAUCAAUGAAUUUUGAGGCAACUGCUUCUGCUGAUGGCAUUGUGAUCCAGAAAUUGACUACAAAGGAUGGUGAUAAUAAUGUUAUCUGCUCUGAGAUGUGCAUUGAGCCGGAGAGCGAAUUGCAGACCGUGUUGGGAGAGUUUCUCCAAGCAAGAGGGAUUGGGAAAUCGGUUGCUGCAUUUUUGUGCGACUACGCCAUGUGGAGCUCACAGGAAUCCGAUCGACUUGAUGUGGAAAUAUUGGAGAAGAUGAAGAAAGUUGUUUCCGACUGGUGAAUGCUAGAUUAUAUUUUAAGAAUUGCU